UUAAUUUGUCUAUAUUGGAGGCAUGGCAACGGCGGGUCGCAAGAAGAUAGAGCUCAAAAGGAUCGAAAAUGAAAGACAAAGGGGUGUUGCCUUGUCCAAACGUCAUUCCGGCUUAUUUAAGAAAGCUGCUGAACUUGCUACUCUAUGUGGUGUGCAAAUUGUUAUCAUUCUCCACACCAUUGGGGGAAAGCCACUCUCUUUUGGCACCCCAACUAUACAAUAUGUCAUAGACAAGUUUAAUAAUGCCAAUCAAUACGUUCAAACGCUUGUCAACUUUCAACUACAAAAGCUCAACUCGGAAUUUGAUGAUGUCAAUGAGAAGUCGAUAAAUGAAAGGAAACGGGGACAAGUUAUCGAAGAAAGUCUAAAAGUGUUGCUUGGUGGGAAAACGUAUGAGGAAUACAUGGGCGGCCUUGACAUACAUGAGCUCAGACAACUGAAACGCAAACGCGAACAGCAGAAAAGAAACUUAGAGCAAAAACAUAAUCUAAACUGUGGACUUUCCUCUUCAUCAAACUAUGAGCAUGAAGUUGAUCUAUCUCAUAUUGAAGGGCCAAAAGAUUACUUAAAGCUGUGAUGGUAUGCUUUAUGUUUAAUGAAAUAUUAAGUACAAGCAAUAUAUACUGGCAUGAUCUUAUGAUCCUUAUGUCAUGAGAAAUAUAAAACAUAGAUUGAAAAUGAAGGUUAAUUGUCUGUUAAAAA